UUUUAACUCAACAUUGAAUUGUUACGAAAUGUAAAUUAUUUUGAAAAAAAAAAACGACAUGAUAUGAUAAAAUUUCGAUGUUGUCAUUGCUGUAAUCCACUCGAAACAAAUUUGGACGUAGUAAGUAAUCAAUGUUUCAGAACAGCAACCGCUAUAAAUAAAUAAAUAAAACACACAAAAAUUCUCAACUUUUUCAUUUACCAAAAUGUAUGUAAACUCGUUAUGAAUGCAUCAGUUAAACGUGAACGUUUAAAACCAUCAUCAUCAUCCUCAUUAAUUCGUCAUAAUACAAUUACUACUAAUAAUACUACUAAUACUACUAUCAGUAGUAAUAACACUUUUGCUACACGUUUAAAAAAUCGUAUCUGUUCAAAUUCUUGUUUAAAAAUGGUUUAUUUAUCAUGUGCAACAUUAAUAUCAGCUAGUUUUAUCAUUGAAUGUAUCCUGUUACAUUUAAUCAUUGUACCUUAUUUAUCUGAAUCAAUUUUUGAAGAAGGUAUGUGUCGUUACAUUGGUUCACGUCGUGAUGAAUCGAAUAAACGUUGUGAAAAUAAAUGUUCCAAAGAACGUUCCACAUUUCCAUGUCUUCAAAUUAAAGCUAUAUUUACACCGAUUCAUAUUAUACCAUAUGAAAAAGCGAAUUCACAAAUAAAUCAAGAAAUCAUGCAGAAACGUAUGGAAUCCUAUGAAAAUAUGAAUAACAAUCUUAAUCCUAUGGAGAAUUCAUUAACAUUUAUAGUGGGUUAUUCUAGUGCACCUGCAGCAGCUGCUGCUUCCGCCAUUGUUCCUACUGAUACAUCUAAUUAUACAGUGUUUUAUAAUUUUGAAUCAUCUGAAUCACGUUUGGUUUAUUUAUAUGAUUAUUUUAGUACAUUUGCAACGUAUAAAACAAGUCGAUGUGCAACAAGUCCAUGUCAUCGACGUGAAGAAGAUAAUAAACUAGCUGUAGAAGAAUUCAAGCAUGAUUUAAGUCGACGUAAUAUAUUUCGAUGUUAUGCUACACCAAAACCAAGUAGUUCACAUUUUUUAAAUAAUGAACAACAAAAUCCUUCUUCUACUUCUUCGUCUUCUUCAUCCUCCUCCUCAACAUCAUCAUCAUCAUCUGUCCUGUCAAUUUCUCAAUCUUCCAUAAUAUCAACUAAUUCUACACUAGUACCAGUCAAUCAUAAAUUACCGACAAAUCGAUAUCAUCUACCUCAAUUGGAUUCUAGUCAUGCUGCAGCUAUCUUACAUCGUUUAUAUACACCAUCAAUGUUUAUGCAUGGUCUUUUAUGGCCUGGUGGUAUAUUUUUAAUUGCUUUAAUCAUUUUAUUAUUUACUUAUUUUACUGAUUCAUGUGAAGCAUGGGCUGGUGAUAAAACUGUGAUUGCUUAACAAGAAAUGAAUUUUUUUGAAACUGAAAACUAGUACAUUCAUUGUGUGAUUUAUAUGCUGCAUCUUCCAAAAUUAUCAAUUGUUUGGUAUGCUGUAUAAACAUCGUCAUCAACUUCAUCAUCAUCAUCGUAUUCCAUUGAUUUGACUUUUGUGUCAAGUACCAACCAUUAUUCAAGCAAGCACUGAUGUGUUGUUGUUUAUACAGAUUGUGUAGUAUUUUUUUUUGGUUCUGUUUGCAUACAGUACAAGCGGGUUUUGUGUGUUGUGUGUGUGUACGUGUAUGCAUGUCCGUACCUAUACCUGUGUACGUGUAUGUAUGUAUGUAUGUAUGUAUGUAAGGAAUUCGUUCAAUUUUGAUUCUUUCAUUUUAUUUAUCUUGAAAAUAAUCUCAAUAAUGUAUGAAUUAUUAGAUUCUUUGAAAUCU